CAGCAAUGGCAGGGAAAAAAGUCCUCAUAGUCUAUGCACACCAAGAGCCCAAGUCCUUCAAUGGGUCUUUGCUGAAGAUUGCUGUGGAAGAGCUGACCAAGCAGGGCUGCAGUGUCACCGUGUCAGAUUUGUACGCCAUGCAGUUUGAGCCCAGAGCAACAAGGAACGACAUUGAUGGUCACCCGCACAACUCAGAAGCCUUCAAUUAUGGUGUGGAAACCUGGGAAGCUUACAAGAGAGGAGCUUUGUCCAAAGACCUGGUUGAAGAGCAGAAGAAAGUGCAGGAAGCAGACCUGCUGAUUUUCCAGUUUCCCUUGUUUUGGUUCAACAUGCCUGCAAUCCUGAAGGGCUGGAUGGACAGAGUCUUGGUCCAAGGCUUUGCUUACGAUUUGUCAAAGGCUUACGAUGGUGGUUUGCUCCAGGACAAAUUAUCCUUGUUUUCUUUCACUACGGGAGGAAGCAAAGAGAAGUAUGCAAUCAGGGGUGAUAUUCGCUAUCUCCUAUGGCCCAUGCAGCAUGGAAUCAUGCACUUCUGUGGUGUCAAAGUGCUUGAACCUCACAUCUGUUAUGCUCCAGAGAAUGUCUCUGAGGAGAAGAGGAAGGAGAUGCUGGCUGCCUGGAGCCAGCGCCUGAAGACUCUUUGGAAGGAAGAACCCAUAGACUGCUCUCCUGAGUGGUAUUUCAAGUAAUGUUCAGGUGCAAGACUACAGAGAAGAUUUCCUUUUUCUCCAUUCUUUUUGAUGCUUUAAAUACCUGAACACCAACCUCCUAAUUCAAAUAUAUUUUAAGAAUGUUGAAUACUACAUCUAGCAGUUUAACUGACAACAUGGCAUUUAUC